UUUCCCUGGGACACGUCAUCACGUGUUCCAAACAAACAUGGCGUCGCCCUGCACCGGCUCGUCUGGUCUGACGCUCUUUGCGCUGGUUGCGGGACUAUUUGCGGUGUUUUGUGUCACAAGGCCGGACGUGUCACCUUCGCUCGUGUGUGUCGUGGUGGUAGCCGCGUUGGUGUCGCUGUGGCUGCGGGGUUUGCGGCAGCGGGACGCCGGGAGCGAGCGGCGGGUGUGUGCGCUGGUGCUGGGGGACAUAGGUCGCAGCCCCCGUAUGCAGUAUCAUACCCUGUCCCUGAGCAGACAUGGAUAUGAUGUGACGUUUGUCGGGUUUUCAGACUCUAAACCUCACCAGGACGUCCUGAGAGAGGAGAAAAUCAGGAUAGUCCCCAUAGCAGAGGUGAAUGGUGUUCGAGUGGGACCAAAGCUCCUCACGUAUGUGACGAAGGUGAUUGUUCAGUGUCUGCAACUUUUCUCUGUGCUGCUGAGGAUGGAACUGCAAUCUCACAUUCUCCUGCAGAAUCCCCCUGGUCUGCCCAGUAUCGCAGUGGCCUGGUUAGUGUGUGUCCUUCGCGGCAGCAGAUUGAUCAUCGACUGGCACAACUACGGCUACACCAUCAUGGCCCUGAGUCAGGGACAGAGUCACCCGGUGGUCAGACUGGCAAAGUGGUAUGAGCACUUCUUCGGCCCUCUGGCCACUCACAACCUGUGUGUUACCAACGCCAUGAAGGACGACCUGCAGAAAAACUGGGGCAUCAAAGCGACGACUCUUUAUGACAAACCAGCCUCCAUCUUCAGAGAGACUCCACUGAAGCUGCAGCACGAGCUCUUCAUGAGACUGGCCAACACUUAUCCUCAGUUUCAGCACACAGGUUCUGAGGAUGUGGAGUCGGAGGCGGAGAGGUCGAUCUUCUCAGUCCGUGAUCUCACUGAUGACUCUGUGACCUUGAGGAAGGAGCGGCCGGCUCUGCUUGUCAGCAGCACCAGCUGGACAGAGGAUGAAGACUUCUCCGUCCUGCUGAAGGCUCUUAAAGAGUACGAAGGGUUCAUUAAAGACGGAGCUUCGUUACCAUCCUUAGUCUGUGCGAUCACAGGUAAAGGUCCUCAGAAAGAACACUACAGGAAGCUGAUUGACUCUCUCCAUUUAGAGCAUGUGAAGAUCUGCACUCCCUGGCUGGAGGCAGAAGAUUAUCCUGUUUUAUUAGGUUCAGCAGACCUGGGCGUUUGUCUCCACAAGUCGUCCAGCGGUCUGGAUCUGCCCAUGAAGGUGGUGGACAUGUUCGGCUGCUGUCUGCCCGUCUGCGCCAUCCAAUUCAACUGUUUACAUGAGCUGGUCAAAGACAAGGAGAACGGACUCAUCUUCACUGACUCGCAGGAGCUCGCUGAGCAGCUCAAGUCUCUCCUGUCAGAGUUUCCCAGUUCAGAAGGCAGACUGGGUUCGUUCAGGAGGAACCUCCGCACCAACAGAGGGCAGCGCUGGGACGACAACUGGGACCAGAACGUCCUGCCUCUAAUCGCUGCACAUAGAUAAACAUCAGGUUUCCUUUUUUAAAGGACCAACAAUUUAAAAAAUAUUUUUCAAUGAAAACAAAAGGAGCCAUUGCUCCAUUUGAUCAGGACCAAAGCCACCUCUUUUGAUCAAACUAAAUUAAACCACCUUUCACACCUUUUAUUUUGGUUCAGACUAAACUGAAAGGUCUGAAGGUCCAGACCAAACAAUGUAGGUGUGAAAGUGGCCUUAAAACUUUUUUCCUGCUUCAGAGAACUUGAAUGUAUAAAAGAAAAUUUGAUGAUGUACUUUUGUAAAUAAAAUCUUUAUGGCACUA